AUGGCUUCUACGCACAUGCUCCGUCAAACCAUCAUUGUCAAUGAGGGCGACUCUCCAUUGGCAUACAAGGCCAGGGAAGUCACUAAUCCAGUGAUGCAGUAUGUCAGUUUCUUCGACAACAACUUUGAGCGCAAGCGAAAGGUUGAAGUUUGGAAUGGUGCAAGUGGAAAGAAUGUUGAACCACUCCUCAGGUCCAUUCAAUCCUUUUGCAACAUCUCUUCAGAGUGGGGACUCAAUCAGGGUCGUCAAAAGAAGGCCUUGUUCAAGCAAUUCCUCACUGCUGAACCGCACAUGACCUAUCAGAGGAUUUCGGAUGCUCAUGGGAACUCAGUUCAGGACUUUGAAGAUUCUGUCGAUGAAUUCAUUUGCGAAUACACUGGUGACGUUAAAUUGAGUAGCGAGGUACGAGAGAUUCGGGACGAAAACGAGUACGAUGACAAACAUGGGGAUUUUACAAGAUGUGUGCGAAUCUCUAGGUUAAUCUAUCUAAACGUACAAAUGACGGACACUCUCUGGUCCAAUUAA